AUGGCCGAGUGGCAGAAGGGCGACGCCGCCUGGUGCUACAUCAACGACGAUGUCACCUACGAGGCGGGCAAGAUCGUGGAGCUGGGUGAGGACGAUCGCAGCGUGACGCUCAAGCUGGCGUCUGGGAAGACGCUCACGACAGAGCGCGCCAACGUUCUCAGAGCAAACAAAGACAAGCAGGAUGGAGUGGAGGACAACACGUUCCUGCGCGAGCUGAACGAGGCGACGAUCCUGCAUAAUGUUGGCGUGCGCUACGCCAAGAGCGAAGGCGGCAUCUACUCCACGACCGGCCACAUUCUGAUCGCCGUCAACCCAUUCCGGCAGCUAAAGAUUUACGAGGAAGCGCAGGCGCGCGCACUAGACGCCGCGCGCGCCCUGCCGAUCAAGCGCUACCUGGGCAAGCCGAUCGGAUCGGAGCCGCCGCACAUCUACGCCAUCGCCGACCGCAUGUACCGACUGCUGCUGAGCUCGGGAGACAGCCAGGCGCGCUCUCGCCGUCCCAGCCCCCGCAGCCCCCGGGCGCGACACCGCGGCGGCCCAUUGCUCCUGCGGUGCCGCGAUCGCUCUGCCCCUCGCGCGCAGGCCAUCAUCGUCUCUGGCCCCUCCGGCGCGGGCAAGACGGAGACGUGCAAGCUGGUGCUGAAGCACCUCGCGUACGUGACCAAGCACCUCUCCGAGGCGGGCAUGUCCAAGUCGUCGAUGGAGCUCGGCGCGCUCCUCGUGAUGACCAACCCGCUGCUCGAGGCGUUUGGGAACGCCGAGACCAACCUCAACCGCAACUCGUCGCGCUUCGGCAAGUUCACGCAGAUCCACGUCUCGAAGAAGGGCGCCAUCCUCGGCGCCUCGAUCCAGACCUACCUCCUCGAGGCGACCCGCGUCGUCGUGCACGCCGAGAGGAACUGCAACUACCACAUCUUUUACCAGGCGAGACGCUCCCGCUGGCCCGCUGCACCCCGCGCGCCAGAGGGGUCGCAUUACCGCGCCACGCGCCGCCCAAGCGACGCGAACAAGUACGCGUACCUGCGCAACGCGACGGGCAAGGCGACCGCGCGGCCGGGCGGCCGGGUGGGCGGGGGCGGGGACGCCGCCGAGUUCAAGGACUCGCUCUCCGUGCUGCAAAAGAUCGGCGUCUCGGAGAAGCUGAUCGCGUCGCUGUGGGAGACGCUCUCGGGCCUGCUCGCGCUCGGCAACAUCACGUACGGCGAGACGGUCAACGGCGACGCGUGCAUCCAAAACACAAAGGCGCUCGGGACGGCGUGCAAGCUGCUGCAGUGCCACGACGCGCUGCUGCAGCAGGGCCUCACCUCGCGCACGCUCAAGCUCAAGGGGGGCGAGAUGCAGGCGCCGCUCCGGCGCAGCAGGCGGGCACGCCGGUGGCACGUGCCGCUCAAGCAGGAGGAGGCGGAGAGCGCGAGGGACGCGCUCGCGAAGGCCGUGUACGGCAAGCUGUUCAGCUGGAUCGUGACGCAGAUCAACACGGCGCUGAUCGACAAGGAUACCAAGCUCGACGACACGGGCUUCCUCGGCAUCCUCGACAUCUACGGCUUCGAGAACUUCGAGCGCAACUCGCUCGAGCAGCUGCUCAUCAACUUCACCAACGAGCAGCUGCACCAGCACUUCGCCAUCGCGCUCUUCAAGACGGAGCAGGAGAUCUACAAGUCGGAGGGCAUCGUCUGGCCCGGCGUCGAGUGGGAGGACAACACGGCCUGCCUCGAGGCCAUCAGUGGCAAGGGCGGCUCCAUCUUCAACCUGCUGACGGAGCACUCGCGGCUGCCAAAGUCGAGCGACGCGUCCAUGACGGAGGGCCUGCUCAACGAGCACCGCAAGUCGAAGCACAUCUCGCCGCCAAAGAUGGGUUCCAAGGGCGGCCGCGGCACCGGCGCCGGCACGAAGCUGACCGGGAAGGAGGCGUUUGUCAUCGCGCACUUUGCGGGCUCGGUCAUGUACCAGACGGCGGGCUGGCUCAAGAAGAACACCGACUCGCUGCACGAGGACCUCUCGCUGUGCAUGUCCUCCUCCUCCGCGCCCAUCCUCAAGGACCUCUUCUCGGUCGGCUCGAUCAACGCCUUCACCGGCGGCUCCAAGGGCGGCGGGAAGCGGGCCGGCUUCGUCGCCGACAAGUACCAGAAGCAGCUCGACGAUCUGAUGCGCACGCUGCGCGCGACCAGCUCGCACUUUGUGCGCUGCAUCAAGCCCAACCACGAGCAGGCGCCCAACAAGUUCAACAAGUGGCUCGUGCUCGACCAGCUGCGCAACUCGGGCAUGGUGGACGCCGUCCGCCUCCUCUCCUCCGGCUACUCGGUGCGCAUCCCCUUCACGACGCUCGAGGAGUCGUUCAAGCCGCUCUGCCCGGACAAGUUCAAGGCACUGUCCGCGCCCACCUUCGCGACGUGCCUGCUCACCGCGCUCGACCUCGGCCGGACCGACUUCCUCGUCGGCCUGACCAAGGCCUUCUUCAAGUCGACCAAGCUCGCCUUCGUCGACGCGCUCAUGGACGGCACGAAGAAGCUCGAGCCAAAGUUCUUCAAAAAAAUGGCGCGCGUGCUCGCCCUCUACCGCUUCCGCCGCGCCAUCGCGGCGGUCCGCUCGCUCAUCUACCUCAUGACUAAGAUGCGCCGCCAGCGCGCGCUCAAGAAGCUGCGCCAGUCGGCGCUGGUCGCCUCCGCCG